GGUACGUCGAAUCGGAGGCGAGCGAGUCCCUCGAGUGGAACAGAUAUCAGAUUUUCGUAGAAAAUCCGUCGCCGAGGAGGUUCCCGCAAAUUCCUGAGGUCGUUGGAUCGUUGGCCGAUCGUUUUCACGGCUCGCCGAUGAAAUCAGGGUUCCCGUUUCGUGAAACGCGCCAGGACGGCGAAGCCUCCGUUCGGAAAUCCGAUAACCCGGAUUCCAUCAUUGAUUUGUCGCGAGUGAAAACGGAACGAGACGACGACGACGGAGCGUUGUCCAACGAUCUCAAGACCGAAGUGACGAACGCGUUCGAGGACGUGAAUCUGAAGGACGACAGUUUGGAGGAGAAGAAAGAGAUUCUCGUCAACGGGGAUUCUCGUCUGGUGGUGUCGUCGUCGUUGUCGUUGUCGUCCUCCUUCUCCUCGUCAUCGUCGUCGUCCUCGUCGUCGUCGUCAGCGUCGAACAACGCGACGGAAUGUAAAACGACGAAUCGCAUCGUGGUGUCGAACGCGCGAAUUUCCAACAACAGCGUCACCGUGUCGGUGAUAUAUCCCGAGAACGACAGACCGUGCUUUCCUCGUUCGAACAGUGGGACAUUGUCUUCCAGGCGGACAGCGGACGUCAUUCCCUCGAACGAAGUGGAACAGCAGGGAAACAAGGGAAACUGGAUGAAUUCGAGGAAACAAGCCGGCGCGAGUGGCGGUGAGGAAGUGGUAACGGGAUUCGGUUACCACGAUCGUGGUCUGGCGGAACGCAACGACGUUGGACCACGUUUGAACGAGACGAACGCAAGUAAGAAGGGUAAUUGGCGCGUUCAACACGUUCACAUCAGCGCU